UCUCUUUCCCUUUCUCUUUCCCUCUCUCUCUCUUUUUGUAUCACUCCUUUUAGGGUUUUCUCGACUCCUUCGAUUUGGGGCUUAAACCCUCGCUCUCGAUUCAGAUUCCGAUUUAGGGUUUCUGUUUCUCGAUUCGGCGUCACAGCAAGAACCAGAUCUCGUGGUUGAUUACGACAUGGCCACCGUUGCUAAUCCCGCGGAUCAAGCAACUGAUUUGUUGCAGAAGCUAUCGUUAGAAACUCAGCCUAAGGCUUUGGAGAUUCCCGAACCUACGAAGAAGGCAACUGGGAAUCAGUAUGGAUCGGUUGAUUCAGGAAAUGCUGCAAAUGGCCAGAUCCCGUCAUAUGAUCGGUCUGUGACUCCAGUAUUGCAGGAUUUUAUUGAUCCUACCAUGUGUUACCUCCCAAAUGGUUACCCGUCUACUGCGUAUUAUUAUGGUGGUUAUGAUGGGACUGGUAACGAUUGGGAUGACUCUUAUAGAUAUGUGAAUCCGGAAGGAGUUGAGAUGACUUCAGGAGUUUAUGGGGAUAAUGGGUCUCUAGUUUAUCACCAUGGAUAUGGGUAUGCUCCCUAUGGCCCCUAUUCGCCAGCAGGGUCUCCAGUUCCUACUAUGGGAAAUGAUGGCCAAUUGUAUGGGCCACAACACUACCAGUAUCCUCCCUAUUUUCAACCCUUGACACCAACCAGUGCGCCAUUCACACCUACUCCUGCUGUCCUUCCUCAGGGUGAGGUUUCCACCUCUGUAGCUGCUGAUCAAAAGCCUCUCCCUGUUGAAGCAGCCAAUGGAAAUUCCAAUGGUGUUGCAAAUGGUGGCAAUGCGAAAGGUAAUAAUGCUGCUGCUCCUAUUAAACAGGCCAAUCAGAAUUCAUCUUUUAGUUCCAAAGCAUCAAAUGAAAGGGUUGCUAUGCCAGGUCGUGGUCCAACUUCAGGUUAUCAGGAUCCAAGAUUUGGUUUUGAUGGAGUACGCUCACCUAUCCCAUGGCUAGAUGCCCCACUAUUUUCAGACGGGCAGCCAAGGCCUGUGAGUAGCACAAGUAUCACUUCUUCAAUAUCAGGUGGCAACAACACUGCCUCAAGGAACCAGACUUUCCGUCCUAAUUCUCAAUUUAUGGGCUUGCAUCAUCCAAGACCAAUGCCUGCCAUGGGAGCCACCCAUAGCUUCAUAAAUAGAAUGUAUCCAAACAAAUUAUAUGGUCAGUAUGGGAACACUGUCAGAUCUGGAAUGGGUUAUGGAACACAUGGGUAUGAUUCUCGCACAAAUGGUCGGGCCUGGUUAGCUGUUGACAGUAAAUACAAAACCAGGGGAAGAAGUGGUGGCUACUUUGGCUAUGGCAAUGAGAAUGUAGAUGGUUUGAAUGAACUGAACCGAGGACCUAGGGCCAAGGGAGGUAAGAAUCAGAAAGGGUUUGCACCAACUAUUUUGGCUGUCAAAGGGCAGAAUUUGCCAGCAAACCUUGGCACAGAUGAGGAAAAAGACAAGACCAGUACCGUUCCAGACCGUGAUCAAUAUAACAAAGCUGAUUUCCCGGAGGAAUAUACCGAUGCUAAAUUUUUUGUCAUUAAGUCGUACAGCGAGGAUGAUAUUCACAAAAGCAUAAAGUAUAAUGUGUGGGCCAGUACACAAAACGGAAACAAGAAGCUUGAAGCUGCGUACCAGGAAGCACAGCAGAAACCUGGUGGCUGCCCUGUAUUCCUUUUCUUCUCGGUUAAUACAAGUGGACAAUUUGUGGGGCUUGCUGAGAUGAUUGGUCCUGUUGAUUUUAACAAGAGUGUUGAGUAUUGGCAGCAAGACAAGUGGAAUGGUUGUUUUCCUCUUAAGUGGCACAUUGUUAAGGAUGUCCCUAACAAUUUGUUGAGGCACAUUACCUUGGACAAUAAUGAGAACAAACCUGUCACAAACAGUAGGGAUACACAAGAGGUAAUGUUGGAGCCAGGGCUGAAAUUGGUUAAAAUCUUCAAGGAAUAUACUAGUAAGACAUGCAUUUUGGAUGAUUUUGGUUUCUAUGAGGCCCGCCAGAAGACUAUUUUGGAGAAGAAAGCAAAGCAACAAUACCCGAAGCAGGUAUGGGAAGGGAAACCUACUGAUGAGAAGCUUGAGAUAAAUGGGGAAGCUAAUACUCAGAAAUCUGAAGUAAGCUCGGAAUUGCCAAAGGAGUCUACCCAUGCUGAGAAGGAUAUUGAUGAGCACAAAGUUGGCGAGAAUGGAUCUGUCACGAAAACUGGAGAUGCCCCAAAGGGUGCUAAACCAGUUGUUUCGGAGAGUAAGAUUGUAGCCAAUGGGGUUGCUAAUGGUUGCUAAGCUGUAGUGUGUUCAAGGGUGGCGGUCCAAUCCUUUUCAGUGGCAUAUAGGAAAUAUAUUAUUUAGCAACUCGGUUCCGCCUGAUUUGAUCUGUCUUGCCUUCUCUUGCAGUCUGAAGAUAGUGAUUGGUUGCCUAGUGAAGAUAAAGAUCUGUAUAUUGAGAUUGGCUGGGCGGAGUUAGUUCAUAGAAUGCUAGCACCAAUCCCUUCUCGUUGGGUUUUGUUUACAGUGGUUAGCUCCUAACAGGCUUUACUCCUAGGGUUUUUGGGUUUUAGGGUUUCUGCCUAAGAUGCUUAUAUCUUUUGGUUUUUUGUUCGGGCUUUUAUCCUUUCUUUGCCUUUUCUCUUUUUUCUUUUACUUGGUUGGUUGUUUCCUGUCUUGUAAAUUUAGAUCUACUUUGUUGCCGAGCAGCUUACUUUGUUACUUUCAACAGGGGUAGAAGCAAGGUGGGAAAUACUGAAAUAUAGUUGGUUUUUUAGUUUUCGUGUUUUUCGUCUUAAUUUAGUAUGUUUAUUUUUCUAUCUGAUGAUUGACUUGGGCAUACUGGAGAAAGAGUUAUAUUUGUGGACAAUCUGUUAUGUAAUAGGGUGUUUUCUGGCUAUGAAGGUCACCAUAUUGUUUAGUUCAA